UUCCGGCGAGCGGGCUGGUGAGUGUCUCCGGAGGCUUCCCGGCGCGGUGGGGGCUGGAACCGUAGGCCUGUCCUUCCGUGGAAAGUGUGGAUAGAGAAAACAACACAAACGAUGUCUAAGCAACAACCAGCUCAGUUUAUAAAUCCAGAAACUCCUGGCUAUGUUGGAUUUGCAAACCUUCCCAAUCAAGUUCAUCGAAAAUCAGUGAAAAAAGGUUUUGAAUUCACGCUGAUGGUGGUUGGUGAGUCUGGUCUAGGAAAAUCAACUCUGAUAAACAGCUUGUUCCUGACUGAUCUCUAUCCAGAAAGAAUCAUACCUGGAGCCGCAGAGAAAAUUGAAAGAACUGUCCAAAUUGAGGCUUCAACCGUGGAGAUUGAAGAGCGUGGGGUUAAGCUGCGCCUGACAGUAGUGGAUACACCUGGCUAUGGGGAUGCCAUCAAUUGCAGGGAUUGUUUUAAGACCAUCAUCUCCUACAUUGAUGAGCAGUUUGAACGCUACCUGCACGAUGAGAGUGGCUUGAACAGGCGUCACAUCAUUGACAACAGGGUGCACUGCUGCUUCUACUUCAUUUCACCUUUUGGACAUGGGCUGAAGCCUUUAGAUGUUGCAUUUAUGAAAGCAAUACACAAUAAGGUAAACAUCGUGCCUGUCAUCGCGAAGGCCGACACUCUCACUCUGAAGGAGCGUGAGCGGCUGAAGAAAAGGAUUCUGGAUGAAAUUGAAGAACAUAAUAUCAAAAUCUAUCACUUACCUGAUGCAGAAUCAGAUGAAGAUGAAGACUUUAAAGAGCAAACUAGGCUUCUCAAGGCCAGUAUCCCAUUCUCUGUGGUUGGAUCCAACCAGUUGAUUGAAGCCAAAGGCAAGAAGGUCAGAGGUCGCCUCUACCCCUGGGGUGUUGUGGAGGUGGAAAACCCCGAACAUAACGAUUUUCUGAAGCUGAGAACGAUGCUCAUCACCCACAUGCAAGAUCUACAGGAAGUGACCCAGGACCUUCACUAUGAAAACUUCCGUUCGGAGAGGCUUAAGAGAGGCGGCAGGAAAGUAGAGAAUGAGGAUAUGAAUAAAGAUCAGAUCCUGCUGGAAAAGGAAGCUGAGCUCCGCCGCAUGCAAGAGAUGAUCGCAAGGAUGCAGGCGCAGAUGCAGAUGCAGAUGCAGGGUGGUGAUGGCGAUAGUGGGGCUCUUGGGCACCAUGUGUGAGGUGUGUGCGUGAACACGUAGCACUCCUGAAUAAAAAGAAUACAUUCCAGUUGAAUGUUAAGCUACAGAUUUUCUUGAGAUCCUUGGAUGGGUGCCCACUCACAUAUAUAGUACCUGUGCCUAAGAAUUCAGUUUUUAAAAUUUUUGAUGGGUUUUCUUUUUUUGUAUGAUAUACGUUUAACAUUUGCAUUUCAUUGCUAUGUUACACUUUAUAUUUUUUGAGAUGAAUGCGUUUUCAUUUUCUGUCCUCUUAACUAACCACUAAUGUUAGAAUUGAUUUCUGAGAAUCAGUCAGCAUGUAUAGUGAAUAUUAGAUUUUUUUUGAUGUAGCUUCCUGAUUUACAUCUAGACCAUGCAGGUUUAACCAGAGUGUUUCUGUGUGAUGGACAUGUACCUCUGACAGAAGGCUGUGUAGACUUGGUGCCAGGCCAUUUGCUCACUAGGUCACACUGUGUGAACCUGUUACCUUCCUUGGUUUUCUUUUUGUGCAACACCUGAACCCUUCACUGCUACAGUUUAAUACUGUUAAUUUCUAUGCACGGUUAUCUUUCACCAAAUAGAGCAGAAUUUCUAAUGCGACACUUGCUUAUACAUAAAUAACUUUUUAAUAAGUGUUUUAGGGGUCUAUUUUAAUGGUAAGUCAUUUUUCAAACCUUUGCAGGAAACUUGACACAAGCACUUUUUAUCAUAUUCUCCACAGUUACUGGUUAUGCUGUGCUGCAGAGAAAACCAAAGCAGCUGUGAGCUCCAGUUUCAUGUUGCAACGAUUUUUUACAUAAUAAGUGUCAGUAUACUAUUUUUACACAACUAAAUUAAGAAACAAUUUUUAAAGAAACCAGCCUUUUCAUAUUUUAUACUGCACUUUAAUGUAUUAUCGGUAACUGCAGAUGUGAAAAUUGGAGUUCUUUGGUUGGCAUACCCCCACUUCCAGACUGGUUACUGGGUAGUGUUCCUGCCAGAAUGCCUUAGCUCCAUGAAGCCCAGAUGCCUGACAGGGUUUUGUGAUUUGAACAUCCCCUUGUUGUUCUUUUUUUUUUUUUUUUUUUUUUAAAUAAUUUGCUGUUGAAAUGAAAAGAGCAAUGGUCUUAUUUUUUUGUGUUCAGACUGUCUCAUUUGUUUUUAGCCCGUCGUUCCCUUCAUUUUGCAUAAGACACAUUUCUCCAUGUGGCCUAUAGAGUGAAAGGCAAUUUUGAUCUGGGCUAUAGGCUGGUAGCCAGGUGCCCAUAGUUAAAACUGCACCUGAUUUGUCUUCUCUGCACUGUGGCCUUGGCCUCACCUUCCUGCCCUUUCCCUCUUCACUGCUGGUGAGAUACUCUGGAGUCAUCUUUUUGCCAUUUCUCCUAACCUUACAAAAGUAGACCACAGAAAGGAAUGAAGAGUGAGGAAGACAGCAGUUGUGCUGGUUUAGUAUUUUCGUUUUAUUACAGUAGGAAUUGCACUGAAGAAAAGGGUUGAUUUGUGAUGAGACACAGGGACUUGGGGGUUUUAUUUUGUUUUGGCCAAAAAAACCCCAUAGCGAGAUGGUCAAGAAGGGUUACAAGGGUUGUGAAGAGCCAAAGGCUGUAUGGUUAAGCUCAUUGUGUGAAGUUUCUACAGAGAAAAGUAUUCCUUGACUUUAGAGUACUCUCGUCCAAAGGCAGUUAUUUGACUUGUAUUAACUGCUUUAAAAAGCUGUAAGAAAGGAAAAAAAAAAAAACAUUCUCAAGGUGUCAGUGUAAGCCCGGUGUAUGUCUGAGUAGGUACUGCAUGGGGCCCACAGGCACCUGAUGACAGCCAUGUGGGCUGGGCGGGAUACCUGGUCACAUUUCUAAAUUCCCUUUUGUUUUGCUGUCCAAGUCUAAACAUACACUUUUGCUAACUGUUCUUUUACUAAGAGAUAAUCUCUAUCUAUAGAAAUGUAUUUUUAAAACACUUACUUUACACAGCAAUUUUGUAUCCAUUGAAACUAAUCUUUAUUCAAUAAAGCACUGUUGCUUAGA